AUGACGGCAACCAUGUCUGGCAAUCUUGUUUUAUCACCAAGUGGCAUCUGCAAGACAUUUGACGCGGAGGCUGAUGGGUACGGACGAGGAGAAGCUGUGAAUGCUAUAUAUCUGAAACGUCUUGACGAUGCGCUUCGCUCCAACGACCCAAUUCGAGCAGUUAUUCGAUCUACCUCUGUGAACUGUGACGGUAAAACAUCGAAUAUCACAAACCCUUCAACACAGGCCCAGGCAAAGCUCAUCCGAGCGGCGUAUAAGAGGGCUGGGAUAGAGGACCCCUCGCUGACUGCAUUUGUUGAAUGUCAUGGUACCGGUACAGUGGCUGGAGAUGCCGCCGAAUGUUCAGCAAUCGAAAAUGUCGUUGGAGCAAGAGGAACCGUCAUUGGCGCAGUCAAACCCAAUUUUGGCCAUUCAGAGGGUGCAUCCGGCAUCACGAGUGUGAUCAAGGCAGUUUUGUCCCUGGAACACGGAACAAUUCCCCCGAAUGCCCAUUUCAAAACUCCAAAUCCCAGUUUGGCCCAGGGAAGAUUGACAGUACCUUGUGAACCUAUGGAUUGGCCAGCAGAUCGUCAAAAAAGGGUCGGGGUCAACGGGUUCGGCAUUGGUGGCACUAACGCGCACAUCAUUUUGGAUUCUGCAGAUGAACAUUGUCCAAAAACUCCAGUUCAAACGACUCCUCGGUCUAAUGGCCCAUUCGUUCUCGUUCUAUCAGCAAAGGAUGCAACAAGCCUGCAGGCCCGGAUCAAGCAGAUGGUGGAUUACGUCCAGAUGAAUCCCCAUGUACUUCCCGACCUCGCAUUUACCCUUUCAACCCGGCGCCGACAUUUGCCUCAUCGCGCAUUUGUUCUAUAUAACGAAGGAGAGCAACUUCAGUCUUCCGACUUUGUGACAGCCCAAUCUACCUUGUCGCCCCGCUUGUCCUUUGCUUUUACUGGCCAAGGAGGUCAGUGGAUUGGUAUGGGCAAAAGCUUGAUGGAGACAUAUGAGUCCUUCCGUGCGGAUAUAGAAGGCCUAGGUCUGGCUUUAAGAUCAAUUGAAAGCCCGCCGGCAUGGUCACUUGAAGAAGAGCUCAGUCGUCUGGAAGGAUCUCGGAUCAACGAAGUGGAGUUCUGCCAACCUCUGACUACAGCUGUGCAAAUAGGACUGGUCAAUCUGCUUGCCAGGUUCGGUGUCUGUCCAACUGAUGUGAUUGGUCAUUCGAGUGGUGAGAUAGGGGCAGCCUACGCUGCGGGCGCUAUCACUGCCGAUUCAGCUAUUAUCAUUGCAUACUACCGGGGGAAGCUCGCAAAAUCCCAAAUGAACCUGGGUGAAAUGGCAAGCAUUGGUCUUUCAAGUGAGGAUGUGGCCCCUUAUCUCAUUGAAGGUGUUUCUAUUGCUUGUCAAAACAGCUCUCAGAAUGUCACGAUAUCAGGGGAUAAGCAGAGCAUAGACGAGGUGGUCAAGACGAUCAAGGCACGUCUCCCCGACGUAUUCUGCAAAAGACUUCGCUUGAACAUCGCAUAUCAUUCACGUAAGUCUGGACAUUUCCAUCAAUACCGCACUUUUAACACUCACGCAGAUCACAUGAAACCUGUUGGCCUUCCUUACGAAACUGCUAUCUCGAACUAUGUCGACAGUAACCACCACAUGUUACCGAUGUUCUCGAGUGUCAAUGGAAACAGAAUUACAGAUGCCGCGGAUCUCACCGCGAAAUACUGGAGGCAAAAUCUUGAAAGUCCUGUUUUGUUUGCUGAUGCGAUGAACAACCUCCUAGACAGCGGAAAUGCAGAGACAAACCACAUCAUCCUCGAAAUAGGGCCUCAUUCUGUUCUUUCCUCUCCCAUAAAGCAAAUCUUACAAGCCCGACACCAACGGUCAAGCACUUUGUAUGUGCCAACUCUCAUUCGGUAUAACCAGGAUUGCAAACGGCAGCUCUUGUCUGCUACAGGGAUCGUGCACAUCCACGGCCUUGACCCUGACCUCUUGGCAAUUACAGGCCCAGGACGGCCCUUAACUGACAUUCCCCCGUAUCCAUGGAAUCGUGAAGCAAAAUACUGGAGCGAAAGUCGUGCUGCGAGAGACUGGAGACUUAUUCAGGAACCUUACCACGAGCUAUUGGGUCUGCGAUGUGCCGAAGCUACAGAUUUCGAUCCUUCGUGGCGAAGCUUCCUCUGUUUGGAAAAUGUGCCCUGGUUGUCGGAUCACGUCAUUCAAGACCAGAUCGUAUUUCCUGGAGCAGGUUAUAUUGCCAUGGCAGGUGAGGCAGUCAGACAAAUAUACCCGGACAAGGUUGGAUACUCUAUCAAAAGGGUCCUAUUCCUGUCUCCAUUACUCCUGGAGGAACAUGGCUCUGUGGAGGUUGUGACAUCUCUGAGACCACACAAGUUCAACGAUAUAACCGAUUCAAAUUGGUUUAAUUUCACCAUCUCGUCUCAUGAUGGUACUAAAUGGGUCAAAAACUCCACUGGUCAAGUGUGCGCCGGCACAGAAGAGCUUCUUUCAGCUCCCAAGUUGAACCACUAUGCCCGUAAUGUUUCCCCAAGUCAAUGGUACCAGACCCUGUCUGCAAUGGGAGUAUACUACGGAGAAAAAUUCAAAGGUCUCCAAAACAUCACUGCUGAUCCAUCUGCAACCAAAGCUGCCGCCGAGGUAGUAGAUAGAAUGGAAUGCCAGACUAGCCGUUACGCUGUUCACCCAACCAUGAUUGAUCAGUGCCUUCAGGCAAUGAGCGUUGCGGCGGCCAAAGGUUUAUCACGGCAUGUCACAACAGGGGCCAUUCCAGCAUCCAUAGCAUCGCUAUAUGUUGGCAAAGGAAAUAUGCCCAUGAAAAUCAAUGUGGAUGUUUCGCAAAGUACGACAAUCAGUCUCGUUGGCAAUGCAACCGCCGUUGUUGACGAUGAAAUUACUCUUCUCAUCAGGAGUGCCUCGUUCCAUUCUUUCGGAACAGUCGAUGAGGCGGUCACCCGACGGAUUCCAUUGAGUGCGCAAAUCCAGUGGAUGCCAGAUAUUGAUUUUGUGGACCCUCAAUCGUUGGUUCCACCUGUGACUGUGUCGAUGGAGGCGCUGCAACCACUUAGGCUCACUGCCCAGCUCACGCUGUUAUACAUCCUUGAAACUGUCGAUUUACUCAGAGACGUGCAACCUACAACAACCCAUAUGGCAAAAUGGAAGACUGGAAUAAUGAAACAGGCUAAUGAGGCCUGGAGUGGACAUGUGAAGAUGUUCCCAGACUCGGGGAACUGGCGAUCCCUCUCCCAAGUUGACAGACAGGCCCUCAUGGCUACUAUCAAAUCUCAGUUGGAAGAGCAAGAUGGUGACUCUACAAUUGGGGCCAUUUGCAUGGAGCAGAUCUAUAAUCACUGUCAGGAGUUAAUGACUGGCGUCUCCUCCCUGGAUCUUCUGAUGAGUGACAACCUGAUCAGCCGCUAUUAUGACUUUGGUAAUAAAUAUGCCGACUGGAGCAGGUUCCUUCGCCUCCUGUGUCACUCCAACCCGCGGCUACGUAUCCUUGAGGUUGGGGCCGGUACGGGAAGUGCUACCAGUAAAGUGCUGAAAUCAUUGCACAUCUGCGAUGUACCAAUGUACAGCCAGUAUGUUUUCACGGACAUAUCAAAUGGGUUCCUGGGUCCUGCCCGAGAUAAAUUUGGACAGUAUAAAGGCCUAGACUUCAAAGUACUCGACAUCGCUCGUGAUCCAGUGGAGCAAGGCUAUUCCCCUCAUACAUUUGACCUUGUAAUCGCAUCCAAUGUUCUGCACGCCACACCACUAUUGAAGAAAACCCUCCAGAAUAUUCGCAAACUGUUGACAUCAAGUGGCCACCUCUUGCUGCAUGAGUUAAGUUCAGGCAAGCUCAUUUCCUAUAUUCUUUUGAAGCAAUCGCUGAUGAGACAAUUAGAAACACGUAACGUCGAUUAUAUUAUGGGAACACUCCCUGGUUGGUGGGUAGGAGAAGAGGAUGGAAGAGUAGACAGGCCUUAUAUCAGUCCCGAGAGAUGGAGCCUGGAGCUCCAAGCUGCUGGAUUCACUGGAGCAGACGCGUUCUGCUAUGACUUGGAGCCUCCACUUCAGGUAAAUACCACCAUAUUGUCGCAAGUCGCUGCCAAUACUCUCAGUCCCUUGAAUCAACGCCUUACUAUCGUGACAAGUGAUAGAGAUGAUGAUUGGGUUCUGGGAUUUUCUACAGAGCUAACGCGAUUGGGGCAUGAGAUCGAAUACAAGAGUUUGGAGGAACUACCAACUGGUUGUGAGUAUGUAAUUUUCCUCAUGGAUGUACACGAGCCAUUUCUCUACAACAUGUCGCCUGAGGAUUUUGACCUACUGCGGACCUAUCUAUCACACGCUAGUCAGUGCAAACUGGUUUGGGUAACCAAAGCAGCUCAAAUUUCCUGUGAUGAUCCGAGAUAUAGUCUGGUUCCUGGCUUUGUGCGGACUCUCAGAGCGGAAAUGAUGCUUGAGCUCUCCAUGAUUGAAGUCGACUCAUUCGGCAUCCAUGUGGUAAGGGCGCUGGGAGAUAUUCUUGGGAAAGUCUUCUGCGAGAAGGAAGAAUCCCAAGAUCUCGAAACUGAAUUCGUCUUGCAUGAUGGGACAAUCUAUACCAGCCGCUGCUGUUGGGGACUACAACCGGAAAGUAACUCGUCGCUCUCAUCAAAGAAGCUUACUAUUGGAACACCUGGUGUUAUUGAUACCCUGCGAUGGACCGAAGCUGUGGACGCACCGUUGCAACCCCACGAUAUUGAGGCUAAGGACAUUAUGGUGGCCAUGGGAUUUUUCGGUCAGUCGAAUGAAAUGGGAAUCGAAGGAACAGGUAUUGUUCAACGAGUCGGCUCCAGCGUUCGAAAUAUUUCGAUUGGUGAUAGGGUGCUUCUGCUCGACAUCGGCAUUCUUGGCACUCAUGCAGUCGUACAUGAGCAACGGUGCGCGCCAUUACCUGAGGAACUCUCACUGGAGGAUGCAGCAACAAUGCCAACUGUCUUCCUCACGGCCAUCUAUUCCUUGAUUGAUGUAGCUCAAAUCAGGAAGGACCAGUCUGUGUUGAUACAUUCUGCGUGUGGUGGAGUGGGCCUCGCAGCUAUUCAGGUCUGCCGGCUAAUCGGGGUCAAGAAGAUUUUUGCGACCGUGGGGAAUGAUGAUAAAAAGCAAUAUCUUGUCCAAGAAUGCGGACUGCCCGCAAGCCAAAUAUUCAACUCCAGAAACAAGAGCUUUUUGCCUUCUUUGAUGCAGGUGACAAAUGGACGUGGAGUCGACAUCGUUCUAAAUUCACUUUCGGAAGAACUCUUGCAUGCCUCCUGGGAAUGUGUUGCUCCCUUUGGAAAGAUGAUUGAGCUUGGAAAGCGAGACUUCUUGACAAACGGCACGCUCGACAUGAGGCCGUUCCUUAACAACCGAGCAUUCUUCGGUGUCGAUUUACUAGAACUUGGUGAUGCUGAUGUGGGUAUACUGAACAGAUUAAUGUAUCAGACGCUGUCAUGGUAUAAAGAAGGCAAAAUACAGCCCAUCCGUCCUACCUCAGUGUUCGAAGCUUCCCGCAUCAUUGAUGCGUUUCGAUAUAUGCAAACUGGUACGCACAAAGGAAAGGUGCUCAUCAAGAUGCCUGAUGACCCUGCCCAGCUACCAGGGGACGCAAGUUGGGAACCGACUUUGUUCUCUCAUGAUGCUGCUUUCUUGUUAAUAGGCGGACUAGGUGGCCUGGGCCGUGCCGUAUCUAUCUGGAUGGUAGAAAACGGAGCACGUUGCUUAGUCUAUCUUUCUCGGUCUGCUGGCUCAAGCAAUUCUGAUCAAAAGUUUAUUCAUGAGCUGGAACUGAUGGGAUGUGCAGUCGAAGUGUGCCAAGGUGACGUUGCAAAUAUCGACGAUGUCAAACGUGCAGUUUCACUCUGCCCAAAACCCUUGAAAGGAGUGCUCCACAUGGCAAUGGCAUUAAAUGACUACCCCUUCCCUCGCAUGAGCUUUGAACAGUGGCAGGCAUCACUGGCCCCCAAAGUCCGUGGCGCAUGGAACUUGCAUCUUUCGGUUUCGAACGAGAGUUUGGACUUUUUCGUCAUGUUUAGUUCCAUCGUCGGGAUCUGUGGAAAUGUCAGUCAAGCAAACUAUGCAGCGGCCAAUACAUUCCUUGACGGGUUGACGCUGCAUCGUCGUCAGCAUGGGCUUCCUGCAUCUUCCCUUGCUGUCGUCGCUGUGGAGGAUGUCGGCUUUGUCAGUCAAGACCAAAAGAUGCUAAAUCAUUUGAAAUCUGGUGGCCUUCGGAUUAUAAGUGAAGCCGAAUUAGUGAAAGGCCUGCGACUGUGCAUCGAAGAAUCUCGAGUGAUUAGUCUCGAAGAAUCGAAGACGCUUCGCUCUGUCCCCCACAUCCUCGGACUGGGCCACACGCGACCACUCUCUGAUUCUUCUGUGCGGCCGUAUUGGUAUCGCGAUGCUCGAUUCCGCUCUUACACUAAUCUAGAAUCGAUUGGUAUGCAGCAGACUGACACGGCGACUGGGAGCAAGUUGAAGAAGUUCAUGGUCGAUGUGGAGAAGGACCCAUCCAUCCUCCUUCAAAAAGAAACGGCGACAGUUAUCACUCGGGAACUUAUUUCUCUGAUGACACAGCAUACGGCUGAGCCUCGUGAUGCUGGAGACGAAGACCUUCUUAAUAUUGUUAUCGACUCCCUCAUGAUGAUUGAGAUCAGGAACUGGACCCGACGCAAUAUAAGCAUUGAGGUGAGUUUGGCCGAUGUAUCUAAAGCACACACGGUGGGGGGUUUAGCUGGCUUGGUCAUUGAGCGUCUGAAGAUGAAAUUCAACGUCGCCCAAGCCGCGGUGGAUGAUCUUGCUGCAGAGAGCGCGGCAUAG